GGGAGAGUGUGUGCUGCGCAGGGGGGAAAGAGAGGCUGCUCUCUUUCGGGUCCGCCGCUCCUUCCUGGGCGGCUGCGAGGCACCUGGGCUCCUGCUGCUUCUGAAGGGCCUUCCCUCUCUCAGAUUGCCUAACUGAAGAAGAUCCCAGCUGCCAACAUGGACUCUGUUUGGGAAUGUGGGUAGUCAACCUGCUGUCAUGACCUAAUGCAACUUGGUGAUAUGAAACAAAAGGCCAAGAUGAAGCACCUUAGUUUUGGGAAUGCAAGCAUUCUGUUGGGCUGUGCUAAAUUCUAACCAUGCAAACAUUCACUCCAUCUCUGAAGAACCUUAGGGUGAGAACUUGAAAUGCUGACAGUGAUGCACAAAUAUUCAGCAAUGUUCAUAGAAUAACCUGGAGACUCCCAUGACCACUGGAGAAGGAUGGCAGCAAACUGGGUGAUCCACUGGGUUUGGCCUUUGGCUGUUCUUGUAGGUUGCACAUGUGGCCACAGCUUGUUUUCCUGUGAGCCAAUCAUCUUGAGGAUGUGCCAGGAUCUACCAUACAAUAGCACAUUUAUGCCUAACCUGUUGAACCAUUACGAUCAGCAAACAGCAGCACUAGCAAUGGAGCCAUUUCACCCAAUGGUAAACCUUGAAUGUUCCCGGGACUUUCGACCAUUCCUGUGUGCUCUCUAUGCACCCGUUUGCAUGGAGUAUGGCAGAGUCACCCUCCCCUGUCGCAGGAUUUGUCAACGAGCGUACAAUGAGUGUUCGAAACUCAUGGAGAUGUUUGGUGUAUCUUGGCCAGAAGAUAUGGAAUGCAGCAAGUUCCCAGAUUGUGAUGAGCCUUACCCUCGCCUGGUUGAUCUCAAUGUAGUUGGGGAGCCCACAAAAGAGGCUCCAGUGGCAGUACAAAGAGACUAUGGGUUUUGGUGCCCCCGAGAGUUGAAAAUAGAUCCAGACCUGGGCUAUACCUUCCUGGAAGUACGCGAUUGCUCCCCUCCUUGCCCAAACAUGUAUUUCCGGCGUGAGGAGCUCUCUUUUGCGCGAUACUUCAUUGGCGUGAUCUCCAUUGUCUGCCUUUCAGCCACUUUGUUUACAUUUUUGACUUUCCUUAUUGAUGUCACAAGAUUCCGCUACCCAGAGAGGCCCAUCAUCUUUUACGCCGUCUGUUACAUGAUGGUGUCACUCAUUUUCUUCAUUGGCUUCCUGCUAGAGGACCGAGUGGCCUGCAAUGCCUCUAGCCCCACCACCUACAAGGCUUCCACUGUCACUCAGGGCUCCCACAACAAGGCCUGCACCAUGCUGUUCAUGGUGCUGUACUUUUUCACCAUGGCCGGGAGUGUCUGGUGGGUGAUUCUUACCAUCACCUGGUUUUUGGCAGCUGUCCCAAAGUGGGGCAGCGAAGCCAUCGAGAAGAAGGCCUUGCUUUUCCAUGCUAGUGCCUGGGGAAUCCCAGGCACCCUGACCAUCAUUCUCCUGGCAAUGAAUAAAAUCGAGGGGGACAACAUCAGUGGGGUGUGUUUCGUGGGCCUUUAUGACGUGGAUGCCUUGAGAUACUUUGUCUUGGCCCCUCUCUGCCUAUAUGUGGUGGUUGGAGUUUCACUGCUCCUUGCUGGCAUCAUCUCCUUAAACCGAGUCCGUAUAGAAAUCCCUUUGGAGAAGGAGAACCAGGACAAGUUGGUGAAGUUCAUGAUUCGGAUUGGUGUCUUCAGUGUCCUCUACCUUGUGCCCCUCUUGGUUGUGAUCGGCUGCUAUUUCUACGAGCAAGCUUACCGAAGCGUGUGGGAGACAACGUGGAUCCAAGAACGGUGCAAGGAAUAUCACAUACCCUGCCCUUAUCAGGUCACUCAGAUGAGUCGUCCAGACUUGAUUCUGUUUCUGAUGAAGUAUCUCAUGGCUCUCAUAGUGGGAAUCCCUUCCGUCUUCUGGGUUGGAAGUAAAAAGACCUGCUUUGAAUGGGCCAGUUUCUUCCAUGGACGCAGAAAAAAAGAGGUUGUGAACGAGAGCCGGCAAGUCCUUCAGGAGCCCGACUUUGCUCAGUCACUCUUGAGGGACCCCAACACUCCCAUAGUCCGCAAGUCCAGAGGCACUUCCACCCAAGGGACCUCAACACAUGCUUCCUCUACUCAGCUGGCGAUGAUGGAUGACCAGCGGAGCAAAGCCGGCAGUGUCCACAGCAAAGUCAGCAGCUACCAUGGCAGCUUGCAUCGGUCACGGGAUGGCAGGUAUACCCCCUGCAGUUACCGCGGGAUUGAAGACCGGCUACCUCACGGCAGUAUGUCCCGGCUGACCGACCACUCCAGGCACAGUAGCUCCCACCGACUCAACGACCAGUCUCGCCACAGCAGCACCAGGGACCUCAGCGGAAACCCCGUGACUCACAUCACACAUGGCACCAGCAUGAACCGGGUGAUCGAAGAGGACGGGACCAGCGCUUGAUCCACACCUCUCUCCUCAUCUCUCUCAUACACCCGAUUUUUAAAUGAGCAGUGCUCAUUUCAUGUCAGAAUAACAGAGCUCAACAUUUUCCCUCUUAUCAGGUAUUAACUGCACAACAAAGCCUAACUCGAAUGCUGCCUUUUUCCCCUCUUCCUUAGCCAGCAAUUUCUCAGAAAGAUUACGUCGAAGCAAUGAUGCUGCUUGAUCAAGUCUGCAAACUGACUGCUGAUGGUACUUACAUUUUGGACUCUUCGAUAUGACUUUAUUUAUUUGGCAAUGUUUACCCCCAGCCCUUUACCCCUUUUUGCUUGUUAACUGAAACUCUUAGGUUAAUAUUAUUUUUAAAUAAAUAAAUAUCCCUACGCUUCUCUAAAAAGCAUACCAUAAAUAGUCCCUCAAAAGCAGACGAUGGGCUUUUUGUUUUGGAAGGAAAAAUCCUCUCUUUUUCUGAUGGUUUUUUGGGGGGAGGGGGCUCCGAUUAAAUAGUAAAUGGGUUACUUUUUCUCUUGCAGCACAGAGAGCAGGCUGCCUUUUUGUAAAAGACAAAACUGUACAAAGGACAUCUGUAAGGAAUCAGCGGGAGAUUUUAAGCGGUUACACUGGAAAGGCAACAGGAGGAUAAUGAGGGGAGGCUCCGGGUGCGGGUGUUGGUUCUUAAUUGAAAUUUCUAGUCUUGGUUGCAGGGUGGGAGUGGGAGGGAAGGCAUGAAAGUUUGGUCUGUAGCUUCUUAUAUUGUCUACUUUAUUAGAAAAUGUUCCUGUUACCUCCUUGUUUACAGGGGAGUUGUUUUUUUACCCAGCGAAAGAAGGAAAGUAGUGUUGGAUGACAAUUCCAGCGCCUCCCCAAAGUCUCCACAGUUGUGAAAGAAAAGGACUUGUCAGUUUGGCAACCUUUUUGUUGUCCUUAUGAAUAUCAUGGAGAUGCCCCCAUUCCUGACCCCUUUCAGCUUCAGUGCCUCAAACAGUGCCCUGCUGUAUCUAGGGCAUUCUCUGGAGGGGAGAGUUAAUGACAGCUACUAUUGCAUCGUGGAAGCCAAAUUGGCAUUUGGAGAGGGGAAGGGGAAGGGGAUCCAUUAGCACAUUUGAGAAUCUGUUGUCCCUUUUAAUGAAGCCUGUUUGCCAAGACCUGCAGGCAGGCCUUAAGGAGAAAAGGUUAAAUUCCCCCACCAUUGCUUUAUACGCUAAGGACAAGAGAUCAAGGUGGCAACCAGUAGAGCAAAUACAGUGUCAUCUGCAUGGUUUCUGAGAAAGAAUCAGAAAUGAGGUUACAGUCAGGUGAGUCGGGUUGGGUUGGGUUUUUUUAGUACUUUAGUUUCUCUUUAAAAAUAAAUCUUUAUUUGGGAUUAUGACUUUUGGGAUGCUAUAGGCAAAGUGAAUCCAUGCACUUAAUUCAGGGAUGGCUGAUACAUGGAUGGCAGCCUAAGUCUUUCUAAGGGAUAGGUGGCAUUAUAGUUCCUCCGUCACGAUGGUGACAGGCUUUUGAAAUUUAAGAGGCUAUUGUGUACUAAAGUCUCUGAAACUAGAAGAAGCCACAGGGGCUGAGAUUCUCAAAACUGCACCACUAGUUCCAUGCAGCCAAGGGGACUAUGGGCUUAUGCUUCACCCUAAGCAUGGCAGAUUUCUUAUCUCAUUUUCCAAACUAGUUCAAGAUAAUGCAAGGGGAUCUGUUUAAGGCUAAAGUUCUCAUAAGAUAUGACUAAACCCUUGGGAUCAUGUCAAGAAGCCCAGCUAUGUGUGAAGCUGGUUCUCAACCUGGUUCUUAUGUCAAAACAGGCCAGCAACAGUUUAUAUAUCCAGAGUCUCUGAUUGAAGCUUGCAGUGUGCUCUAUACUAACUCGGGGAUGGGACUGGUGAGAAAGAGGCUCCAUUGACUAGGGUCAGGCUUCAGGUCUGACAAGUCCACCAGUGUGAGGCUUUGUCCUCAUUUACUUGUAUGAAUGGUAUGCAAAUGAGUAACUCAGAUAUGCAAAUCUUCAUCCCCUCAGUAAAACCCUUGGCCACAUCGUUUUAUGGCAGUAAACUUGAUUCUUCUAAGGCAGCUAUUGGUAUGAGUUAGAAGUGUUGCCAUAAGGAAGCACUGGUUUGUGUUUGAACCUACCUCACCUGCUCUCACACUACUGCUGGGAAAUGUACCUUUAUUUUUUGUUUUCUUGUUCACUUAAUAUGCAUCUAUCUUUUGAUGUACCGUGGCCAAAACGUUUAGCAGGCACUGAAAUUUUUUUAUUGUUCUUGCUUAACAAGCCCCUGUUUCUUCCAUGCAGAGAUUCUGGUUCCUUAUGUUUUUGUUAUUCCUUAACACAAACCCUACUUUGGAAGGCUUAACCUCAGCAGUUUGAAAGAAAAGAAAGAACAAAAGACAUCAGUAGAGGCUGAGAUACAUUUACAGCCACAAGUGUCAGGCAAAACAUUAUUUUUAAAAAUCUGGAUUUAAAUUUUGAUCACAGUGAAGUCCUGUUAUAAGUAUUAUUACCGACUGAAUUCAGAGACAAAGCUGUGUUAGCUUGGAAUAUCAGUAUGCAAAGGGAUCUUGUACUACCUUUGAGACUAAUUGAGUGAAAGACAUGUAACAUAAGCUUUCUUAAACUUGGUUUGCUUUCCAGAUGCAUAUUGACUUCACUCCAUGCAUCUGAGGAAGUAAACCAAGUCUAGGAAGGCUCGUGCUACACUGCCUUUUGCUCAGUUAAUGUUAAAGGUGCCACAAGAUCCCUUUGCAUUACAGGCUGAGUCUCCUUUAUCUGAAAUGCAUGGGACCAGAAGUGUAUUGGAUUUUGCAUUUUCUCGGAUUUUGGAAUAUUUGUACAUACAUAAUGAGAUCUCAUGGAGAUGAGACCCAAGUCAAAACAGGAAAUUAAUUUAGGUUUCGUAUAAACCUUUUACACACAGCCUGAAGGUAAUUUUAUACAUAAUAUUUUUAAUAAUUUUGUGCAUGAAACAAAGUUUGCAUACAUUG